GUUCGCGAGUGGCGUGCUAUCGAGUUUCGCGGCGGACGACGACGAGCACGCACGCUCCCCACACGCGCUCCAGUGACGAUAGACCCAUUGCUGAGUGAGGGUGGACGUGGAACGUGCCAGAGACUGAGGGACAAUUGGUGCAAUCAUCUCGUUGAGCGUAAACAAACGAAAUCAAUAUGAACCGCUUACUGGCGGUGGUUGCAUGCCUGUGCGCAGUCGUUGCGCUCGCGCACUCGGCUGCGGUGCCCACCCAGGACACCAUGGUAGUCGCCAAGUCUGAUGAUGGAGUCACCGUUGCAACAAACUCAGCAGCGACUGUGACUGAGGUCACGACAGAAGAAUCCAGUCCACCAAUUAAACUGACAGAGAUGGACGUCAUAUCCGAGGUGUCACUCCGGUAUGCGCAUACGACAGUCGUGGCGAAAGUACGCAACCCCGCCAAGAAGGCCCAGGAGGCUAACUUCAGGGUGCUACUGCCCGAGACAGCCUUCAUCAGCGGAUUUGUUAUGACACUCGAUGGAAAGUCCUACAAGGCGUACGUGAAAGAAAAGGAAGAAGCCAAACAGAUUUACCAAAGUGCUGUCAACCAGGGAAUUGGUGCUGCCCAUAUUUCUGCCAAAGCUCGUGAUUCAAAUCACUUCACCGUUUCUGUGAACGUGGAAGCUUCGUCAAACGCAGUUUUCAACCUAACUUACGAAGAGUUGUUGGUGAGACGUAAUGGCGUGUACAACCAUGCCAUCAACCUGCACCCUGGUGCGCUGGUGCCCAAGCUUACAGUCACCGUCCACAUCAAGGAGACUGAGAAACUUGUUGAGCUGAGAGUACCGGAGAUCAGGACUGGAAACGAAAUUGAUGCUACUAAGGACGAUGCCCAAAACUCAAAGGUAUCAAUUGUAAAAACGCACGACGACCGCGAGGCGACCAUCACGUUUACACCAGACCUCCAGGAACAGGAGAGACUCAUUCAAAUCUAUGCUCAAAAAUCCAAGGAGUCUGCUAGUGCUACUCACUCGUAUUCAUCAUGGUCAUCUUACUCGGAGCCUCCCGAACCUACUCCAGAAGGAGUGCUGGGUCAAUUUGUAGUGCAGUAUGAUGUUGCCCGUCCUAAAGAUGGUGAAAUUCUGGUGAACGACGGCUACUUCGUUCAUUUCUUCGCACCGACAGAACUCCCGCCUUUGAACAAGUUCGUGGUGUUUGUCCUGGACACGUCUGGCUCCAUGAUGGACCGCAAGAUUGUCCAGCUGAGGGAAGCCAUGCAGACUAUCCUCUCAGAACUUAACGAAGGCGACUACUUCAGUAUUGUGGAGUUUGCUUCUGUUGUUACGGUGCACGACCUCAAAGAAGCUGAAGGCGAACCUCCAAAGAAUCACUAUUCAUAUUUCGAUUACAAUGACAAACAAGUGAACCUGGUGCCACCUUCGAGGGCCACUAAAGAAAACAUUGCUCGCGCCAAAGUCAUCGUCAACUGGCUGCAAGCUUCUGGAGGUACUAACAUCGGAAGAGCGUUGGACGUGGCUGUGGACCUGAUCAACAAGGGUGUCGACUGGACCAAUCCCCCACCUUCUGCUUUGCCCGCUAACGCCACUGAGAGUGGUGCCCCAACUACUGAAGCUGUUGCAACUACCCAAGCUGUUGCCACUACCCAAGCUGUUGCUACUGCUGAAGUUGCUGAGAAGAAAGAAACUAAAACUUUGGAGCCAAUCAUAAUCUUCCUGACUGACGGAGAUCCAACCGUCGGUGAGACUGACCCUAAGCGCAUCAUCACACACGUACAAGAAAAGAACUCCGGACCUAACAAGGCUACCAUCUACUCCCUUGCCUUUGGCGAAGACGCGGACCGUAAAUUCCUGCGCAAGCUGUCACUGCGUCACGGAGGAUUCAUGCGACACAUCUACGAGGCGGCGGACGCGGCUCUGCAAUUACGCGACUUCUACCGACAGAUCUCGUCCCCGCUUCUCGCUAAUGUCAAAUUCAGCUACCCACCUGGACAGGUUCGUUCAGAUUCUCUAACCCAGCACCAGUUCCGCACGUACUACGCUGGCUCCGAGCUGGUGGUGGCCGGACAAGUCCUCGAUGUGCCUGAGCUUGCACCCACUGUCGAAGCCUUCUGCGGCGUCGACGAUGGAAAAGGCAGGAAACGCUUGGAGAUCGUACCCAAGGUUCCCAUUGAGAAGAAGAAGCAAGGAACCUUGCCUCUGGAACGACUAUGGUCCUACCUGACCAUCAAACAGCUGUUGGACCAACGUGAUGCUUCAGAUGAUACUGAGCCUGCUGAUAAGGAAAACUCUCCCGAGAAGAAGGCAUUGGCUUUGGCAUUGAAGUACGAGUUCGUGACACCAUUGACGUCGCUUGUGGUGGUGAAGCCCAACGCUACUAACGCGGUCAACGCCGAGUCUGUGGAUAAAGCAGGUGAUGAUUCCCUACUAGCUCCUGGUGGUGCAGGCUUCGCUGGUGUUCCUUUGUCAGUAAACUUGGCUCGUCCGAUGGCGAGUCACGCGGCUUUCGGUCUGUCGGGUCCUGGCUUCUACCCAGCUGCACCAGCUGCUCCAGGCGCCUACUUCAGCGCGGUGCCGGCUUCUCUGGACGUACAGGAGGAGGCCCUCGAUGUAGAGGAUUAUUCAUUCGAAGGUCAAAGCGCUGCUUUCGCCCCUUCUCUCUAUCACAGGGCGAGUACAAUUACUCGGGCUGGUUCUAGUUCGAUGUCACGUUUUAAUUUCUUUAAAAGACGACCUGCCAGCGCUGUUUCAUUUAGUUCACACUCAGGAUACAUCACUACUCCGGCGCCUCAUCUAUACUUCCCAACCUAUGCGACCGCGCCUCCGUCACUUCCGACCUUGGCGGACUUCCACCUGCAGGACUACAGUUGGUUGGAGUCAGUCUUAGACGCCAGCGCGAGCUCCAUCGUGCUGCCCACUAAUGACACCACUGUCACCUUGAAGCUGUCCAAAGAAACAGAGGCUCCGAAAGAAGCCAGUGGUGAUGCUGAAUGCUCGAACGCGGUGGAGGGCGGCGCGGGCCUGUGCGUGUACCUCACAAGAUGUGACGGCGUCAAAGACAUCACUCUGGAUGUUUACAAGACCACAUACUGCACACUCAGCCAAGGAUUUGCUGGAGUUUGCUGCCAACAGAAGAAAAUCGACUUAACACAUUGAAAUAAUUAAGAUCUAGGUAGAAUGAAACCAUGACAAUAACAAAUGAGAUAAAUAACAAUUAAUGUACUGUGAUUACUCAGAAUAUAGAAAAGAUGAGAAUAAAAAUAAGCAAUAUGUUAAAUAUACUCGUAUUAUGCCUUACAAUGAAUUCAAAUGAUCAAUAAGAGUGCCUAGUGAGAUUCUUUGUAUAGGUUGGUAUUUUAAUAUGAACUGAAACGUUUUGAUCAAAUGUAAUUACAGACAACUUAAGGUGCUAGAUUAAUCGAUUAGUGCCAUUAUUAGAAUUAAACAUGACCUGCUGUUGUGAGAUGUACCUAGUUUUCGUUUUUUUUUUUACAAUUAAAUCUUAAAUAAAGAUAAGAUUAUUUUUCAAUA